GUCGGUACACCAGGAUAAUUUUAUCGUGUAUGAGUUCAUAACCUAUGCCGUAAGAAUUUCUCUCUUUCGUCUCCGUGCCGUUCACGUGUUAAAAUUCAAACAUGAGUGAAAACUGGGACGCCGAGGUUGAUGCAGCCUCCAAUGCAGUUGCAUCUGCACCAGCAGUGCAUCAUGCUGAUGCAAUGCCAGAAAUCAAACUUUUUGGCAAAUGGUCCUCUGAGGAUGUUCAGGUCAACGAUAUGUCACUCCAGGAUUACAUCUCUGUCAAAGAGAAGAAUGCCAGGUUUCUACCCCACUCUGCUGGACGUUAUGCACAGAAGAGAUUCCGUAAGGCACUGUGCAACAUUGUUGAACGUUUGACCAACUCUCUGAUGAUGCACGGACGCAACAAUGGAAAGAAAUUGAUGGCUUGCAGAAUCGUCAAGCACGCAUUCGAAAUCAUCUACCUCCUGACUGGAGAGGCUCCUCUUCAGAUAUUGGUUUCUGCUAUCAUCAACUCUGGACCCAGAGAAGACUCCACCAGAAUUGGUAGAGCCGGUACUGUCCGUCGUCAGGCUGUGGAUGUCUCCCCUCUUAGAAGAGUCAACCAAGCUAUUUGGCUGUUGUGCACCGGUGCCCGUGAAGCUGCAUUCAGAAACAUCAAAACAAUCGCUGAAUGCUUAGCCGACGAGCUGAUCAAUGCUGCUAAGGGAAGUUCUAAUUCUUAUGCCAUCAAAAAGAAGGAUGAAUUGGAACGUGUUGCCAAAUCCAACCGUUAAACAAGACAUCUAUAACUGUAUUAUAGUUAAUAAAAUUAAUUUUUAUCAAAAGAA